AUGGCUGAGGCCAUCACCUAUGCAGACCUGCGGUUUGUGAAGGCUCCCCUGAAGAAGAGCGUCUCCAGCCGGUCAGGACAGGAGGCUGAUGAGGAUGAGGAACUCACCUACGAGAAUGUACAAGUGCCCUCAGUCUCAGUCUCAGAGGGUGGAAAGAAAGGAAUUUCCCGGGGCUUCCCAUCUUCAGACUGGAGUAGCCACCGGUCCGCAGGGCUCCAGGCGGAGCAGCCAACUGCGUCCUGGAGCUCCGUGGCGUCACCAGCUGCCGGGAGGAUUCUCACUGGCCGCGCAGCCUGCACGCUGUACCUCUUUCUUGGCCUGCUCCUCGCCUGCCUGCUGUUAGGGGUGGCCGCCAUCUGCCUGGGAGUGCGCUAUCUACAGGUAUCUCAGCAGCUCCAGCAGAUGAACAGUGUUCUGGAAGCCAGUAACAGCAGCCUGAGGCAGCAGCUCCACCUAAAGAUAACCCAGCUGGGGAAGAGGGAAGAGGAUCUGCAGGGGUCCAAGAGGGAACUAGCCCUGAGUCAGGAAGCACUACAGGAGGAACAGAGGGUUCACCAGGCUACCCAAGAGCAGUUACAGGCCUGCCAGUCUGACAGGGAGAAGACCAAGGAGGCCUUGCAAAGUGAGGAGGUGCAGAGGAGGACCUUGGAGCAGAGGCUAAGCCGGAUGAAGGAUACAAUGAAGCCCUUGUUCACAUGCCCCUUAUCAGAUACCUGCUGUCCCUCAGGAUGGAUACUGAGUGAGAAGAGUUGCUUUUACAUCUCACUUACUGCAAGAACUUGGGAUGAGAGCCAAAACCACUGUAAAUCUCUGUCCUCUGACCUGGCCACCUUCAAUGACAUUUAUUACUCACUUUCUGCUCAGCUCUCAGUGCUGCUUAGUAGCUUCUUUGACUCUCAUGGAAUUUCAGGCAGAGAGGUCCCAAACUGGUAUUAUGGUCGAAGCUCAAGAUGUUACAAGGUACAAACCAGUUGGCCAAAGUGGCAGCAGGAGGACUGCACUUCUCAUCUUCCCUGCAUCUGUGAGAUGGCAGCUUUUGGGAAUCCAGAUAAGGACUACUCUUUGCCCUGA